AUGAUCCAAAUACCUUCACCUGGUGGCUAUGACAAGCUAGUGUAUGAGCCGCUUUCAGAUGAUGGGUAUACAGAAGGUGCAAACAUCAACCUUGAAGACAUUGACGAGGAAGACCUUGUCACUAUCAAAACGUACGCUUGUGGUGUGAACUAUGCCGAUGUGUGUAUUCGUUGGGGCCUGUACGAGUCAGCAAAGAAAUUCGUCGGCUGGCCGAUCACUCCUGGUUUUGAAUUUAGUGGUGAGGUUGAAAGAAAGGGCAAGAAUGUGAAAGAAUAUGAGAUCGGUCAAAAGGUUUUCGGCGUGUCCCUUUUUGGAGGUUACACCGAGAGAAUAAGGGUUCCAAAACACCAGAUUUUUCCGCUGCCGGACAAUUUGGACAGGUACGAAGCAGCAGCAUUUCCAACAGUGGCUCUUACUGCUUGGUAUGGAAUGUUUGAACAGGCCAGACCAAGGCCUGGGAGCUGGGUACUAGUUCACUCUGCAGCUGGAGGGGUGGGGAGUAUGCUGGUACAGCUUGCAAAGAUCCAUGGUUGUCACGUAGUGGGCGUGGUUGGUGCCAGUCAUAAAGUUGAUCUUGUCAAGAAUUUAGGUAAAAUAAUCUGUUCAUGUUGAAACUUCCGCUACCCCUUAUCAUUGUACAAGCAUGUCAUGUCAUUCAUUCGUAUGGUGUGUUAAUCCCAAAUCCUAAAUUCUGAUCGGGGAAUCCUGCAUUCUGAUUGUCCAUAUACUAAUGUCUUGAUCACUUAUAGAGAGUGAGUAUUCUUGUACAGAAAUAUAGAAGUGGUGAAUGAUUAAAUCCAGUACAUGUGAAGACAAAAAGACUCUUGUUUGAAAAUCUGAGACUCAAAAACUUUGAAAGGAUCAUUUCAUGACAUCAACUCUGUUACACUUGAUCAAACUGAAUUAUUUUUUGCUUUGUGCAUGACCAGGUUGUGACCAUGUCAUUGACAAAUCCAAGAAUGAUCUCUGGAAAAAUGCAGAGUCUUUUUGUCCAAAGGGUUACCAAGUUGUGUUUGAUGCAAAUGGUGUGGCAACUUUACAGGAAAGCUAUAAUCAUGUGGCCUCAGGAGGCCGACUGGUUAUCUAUGGUGAGAGCUUUUGUUAAAUUAUAGUUUCCUUACCUAAUUAAGGUGCACUGCAGUAUGAAGCACCUAUUACUGUUUCUUCUCUUCUUAAAUGAUGCAAUUUGCAAGUACAGGGUUUUUUCCCGGAGGCAUAAUCACAGGAUUACAGAGAUGCCAACCUCUGGAGAUCUAAAAUCUGGAGACUCUCUUUCUUUCACUGCCCUCGGAAUUUCAACAACACAUGCUCAGGACAUAAAACAAAUUUUGAUGACUGGCUCGCUUUGUGGGCGGGAGGGGGGGGGGAUGGGUUUUUGAUGUUGGGAGUGUUUCAAAAGAGACAGUCUCCAGAUGUUAGAUCCCCAGCGAUUGGCAUCUCUGAUACCCCUGGGUGAAGUGGCAGAAAGUAAAGUAUCUGAAGUUACAGAUUGGUAUGGUAUUAUGAAUUUUCUUUUUUGGCAGGUUUUCACACAAUGCUGCCCAAAUCCAGUGAAAGUGCUAGUGGUGCUAUAAGCAUGUGGCAGUGGGUAAAGAUGGGAUGGAACUACAAAUCAACACCUGUAUUCAACCCUCUUCAGGUAUUCCUGCUAACUUUCACAAGCUUACCAGGAAUUUUUGAUAUUGGACUGCAAAUAAUCAAAUCAAAAUGCAAAUCAAACUGCAAAUCAUCUUCACUACUUCGCAACAUCAAAGAUUUUAAUAUAACAAAGAGAUUGCUCGCAGUGCCUGUAGUGCCUUGCUUUGCCAGUAAAAUCAAGAUGCUGGCAAAUUUACUGUCAAUUCUGUCAUUCCGCCAAAUUCAACAGCAUUUUUCACUAAACUGGGCAUUUGUGUCGGUUAACUUUUACUGGCUGUUCUUCACCCAUUCUGCUCUUUCCCUUGUUUCCACCUGACAUCUUUUCAAUGAGAUGGGUGUAUGUCUUUCUUCUGCAUGGGGAUUCAUCGGUGUGGCACCAAAAUGUAAGGUUUUUUGAAUCCUUUUGGUGUGCAGUUGAGUAUAGACUUUAGUCAGUCAGUGGCCUGCAAGUAACCUUUUUUGAGGACCCUGGUGGCUUCCCCUCUUUCCUUACCCACCCCCAUACCCUCAUGAGAGCUUGCUCACGGGCUAGCCAUUUGGGUCUGUAAUAAGUAAGGAAUUGUGCUGCCUGGAAAUAGGGGUCUGGAUUGGUCUGCAUUUGGUUAUGUUUCUUAUUGCAUGUAUUGGUCUAAAAUAUGAUCUCCAUUAAAAAUAUACAGCAUUUGUGUAUAAACGGUUUUCGUUUAUAAUUUGUCUCAAGACUGUCACUAAGAUAUUGAUUACAACGUUUCAACUGCAUACUGCAGGUCUUCAUCAAGCGAUAGUGUCCACCAUGGUUGUUUGUGAUUGGUGUAUCACGAACCUUGCCCAUGGUUGGCAGGUUUCAAUCCAAAUUAUUUGUAUUUGCCUUUCGUCUCUUCAGAUGACUAAUGAGAACAAAAGUGUCAUGGCGUUCAACCUCAGCUUUCUCUUUGAUCAGCGAGAACUGCUCAAGGAAAGUAUGGCACAACUUCUUGGCUGGGUGAAAGAAGGCCGGCUGAAAGUCACCAAGGUUACAAAGUAUCCGCUGAAGGAGGCAGGAAAGGCGCAUAAGGAUUUAGAAUCAGGGCAGACAGUGGGAAAACUUGUUCUCACUAUGGACGAUUUUGAGCUCAAGAUGAGUGAAGGAUGUGAAGACAAAAACUGACGAGGCGUCAAACUGAUUUACAAUAAUAAGCACAAGGAUAAUGAGUGGAUUCUUAACUUCUUUAGUAGUAGAAGAGGCGGAGAAACUUCUGAGACGCUGAAAAUCGCCUCCCGCCAGAAGACGCAACGUUGGGGAGCCCCUUUCUGCACGCUUACAUAUCCCCUGCGCUUGUUUAUCUUUGGGAUAGAAUGCUUG